CGUCCCCCGUGCCGGGGGAGGGGGGGGUGGAGGGGGGGGAUGGGGUGGGGGGUGGGGCGAGCGCAGCGCCCCCCGUGGCGCCUGGUGAACAGCCCCCGCAUCCGCUUUGUGCGCUGGGACAGCCGGGCCCAGGGGCUGCUCAUCGACCGCUCCCUCUUCCAGCAGGAGCUGCUCUGCCCGGGCGGCGCCCAGGGCCCGGCCCCGCACACCUGCAGGGCCACGCAGUUCCGUAGCUUCGUGCACCAGUUCUACCGCUACGGCUUCCACAAGGUGCCGGGCUGGGUUGGCUCAGCUGUGCCAGGCGAUGCCGGGGCCCGGCUCCACUACAGCAACCCCUGCUUUCGCCGCGACCGCCCCAACCUCCUGUUCCGCAUCAGGCAGCGGCCGGCGGCGAGGCGGGAGGGCCGCAGGCGCCCGGCCUACUGCUCCCGGCAGCUCCCUGGGACGCGGCUGCUGCCGGACGGGCAGGACGGGCGCAGUCGCUUCAAGCCGCUGCCCAGGGAGCGGCCGCCACCCGCCGAGCGGGACGUGCUCCGCAUCCUACCCUGCAAUUUCCUUGGCCUCCAUGGGGAGCAGUCGCUGCCGUUCAGGUGGCAGGGACCCAGCAGCCACUUCCAGGAGUUCUGCGGGGAGCAGCUGCCGCUCACCGAGCGGGAAGUGCUCAGGAUCCAGCAGCUUUCAGCAGCUCUACAGGGAACAGCAGCUCCCAGCCUACGACCCCUGAGGACAAUACUAUUGUUGCCCCUCAUUCUUCAGGAGGGGAGCCUGUGGACAAGGCUGCAGCAGAGGAAGCUUUGCCUGGCACCGAGAGCUGCCGGAACAAUUCCCAGGAGCCCGAGGAACCUGAUGCCAUCUGAUCCAUCUGCAGAAGGGCUGCCCUGUAUGGCAGGAAGUGACGGGGAGAGCCUGGGACCAUUGGGCAGAUGCAGUGAAGGCCUUGAGGACAGCUGGAGAUUGACGGGAUCCAGCAAGGAGAAUCUGAAGGCCAGCAGCAAGAGCAGGGAUGGGGGACCUGCUGCUGCCACCCUGGAGAGAGCCUGGGAGAGCUGCUCUUCACAGGAGGAAGAGACCGAGGGAGAGGCUUUGAAGAUGGGGCAGCUGGGAUCCCUCUGCUUGGAGUUCUGUUUAAAGAUGCAUGGACUUGCACAUAGAGAGGGAUUAUUAUAUAGAUAUGUACAUAUGUAGGCUGCUGUUUGUAUAGGAAUAUUUCUAUAUGUCUGUUAUAUUUAUGAAUGUAUGCUAUGUAUAGAUACAGAUAUGUUUUAUGUGUCUAUAUGUAUCUAAGCGUACAUGUAAGGUGUUAUAUCUGUGUUUAGUUCUAUUUCCUAUGUAUAGAAUUGUGUUGCUAUCUAUGUCUAUUGAUGCAGUCAUAUAUAUGGCUCUUUAAAUAGGUAUUUUGUUAUUUGUCCCGGUAGAUGCAUCUAUUGUUAUAUUUUUAUAUGUAUAUUGAUCCAUUUCUGUGUGUAAUUAUUUUUACCUAUGUAUGCAGAUGUAUAGCUGUAUAUUUGUAUUGAUGUAUUUGUAUGGAUAUUUAGCUUGGCACAGUGAUAUUUGUAUAUUUGUAGAUAGGUUUGUGUUAUAUCUGUUUAUAUCUAUAUUGUAUAUAAUAUAUAAUAUUUCAUUUAUAUUUACAUCUGUAGAUUCUUAUAGUUAUAUAUGUAUUUAUAUACUUUUUUCUGUAUAUGGGUAUUUAGUUCUAUUUAAACAUGUAUGGAGAUGUAUAAUUCUAUAAUUCUAUUGGUUGAGUUCUUGGUAUAAGGUUACUUGGGAUGGGAGUACAUAUUUCUGUAUUUCUAUAUGGGCUGUAAACCUGUAGUAAUAUGUAAAACAUUAAGUUGUUAAACCCAGCUGAUCUUUGUGUAUAGGGAGUUGUUGCAGAAGUUGGCAAUAAAUUAGGUUUUAUUAACUGAAUUUGGUAUUUUUACCUAGACUGGUUGUAAUAAUCUAAUAAAUUCCUGGUUUUAACCUUAAUUGAGAUUUGUAUAGAUCUGUAUUGUCAGCAUGGGUGUAGCAAUUUGUAAUAAAUUAUAUUUUCCAACUGAAA